GUCGCCUGGCAGCAAUGGCGGAAGUUCGGAAACGUCAGCAUGCUCGUGUUAAAGGAGAAGCUCGCGAAAGGAGGCUCGAGCACAAGGAUGAGCGCGAGGGGAUGGCGGCCGAGAGUCUCGCAGUGGUAUUAAAGCUUUUCGCUGCCGGAUUUUAUGGUCUGAGCUCCUUUCUCAUCGUCGUCGUGAACAAAAGUGUCCUGACAAAUUACAGGUUUCCCUCCUCGAUAUGUGUCGGAAUCGGCCAAAUGUUGGCGACAAUAGUCGUGCUUUGGGGUGGAAAGACACUCCGAAUAAUCAACUUUCCAGAUUUCGACAAAAGCAUACCUCGCAAGACGUUUCCUCUGCCUUUUCUUUAUGUAGGGAAUCAAAUAACAGGAUUGUUUGGGACAAAACGGCUCAAUUUACCCAUGUUUACAGUCCUCAGGAGAUUCUCCAUUCUCUUUACCAUGAUAGCAGAGGGAUUUCUUUUGAAAAAGAAAUUCUCUCGGCCUGUCCAGCUAACAGUAUUUGCAAUGAUUCUGGGGGCUUUUGUGGCAGCAAGUGCUGAUUUGGCUUUUGACCUGCAAGGGUACGUGUUCAUUCUGCUGAACGAUGUCUUGACCGCAGCCAAUGGAGCAUACGUGAAGCAGAAGCUUGACUCCAAGGAGCUGGGCAGAUAUGGGCUGCUGUACUACAAUACCUUAUUUAUGUCCUUAGGAGCUUGGCAGGAGCUGGGCAGAUAUGGGCUGCUGUACUACAAUGCCUUAUUUAUGCUCGCGCCAACACUACUCUUAGCAUAUCUCACCGGCGACAUACAAAAGGCUGUGGAGUUUGAGGGUUGGUCAGAUGCUUUUUUUGUGGGCCAGUUUGUGCUCUCUUGUGUCAUGGGGUUUAUUUUAAUGUACUCCAUAGUGCUCUGUACACAGUACAACUCUGCACUGACGACAACAAUCGUAGGCUGUAUAAAAAAUAUUUUAGUAACGUAUAUCGGGAUGGUCUUUGGAGGAGACUACAUAUUCACAUGGACUAAUUUCAUUGGUCUAAACAUAAGUAUCGUCGGAAGCCUGGUCUACUCAUACAUCACCUUCACAGAAGAGCACUCAAGUAAGCAAAACGAAAGCACCAACAAACUGGAAGUAAAAGGGAAGAUAGCUGUAUGACCUUAAAGGUUGGGUUGUACGUGCUUUGGUACAUGUGGUUCUGUACUUUUUGUUGUCUCAUUUUUAUACCUUCAAGUAGCCAAUCUGAGAGACACUCCUUACCCAUUACGCACAGAACUUGGCCUAAGGACAAGGCAAAGCAUAUAGUGUUACUGUUUUUUUUUCCCUUCUUCUUUGGAACAAAGGAAUAUGUGUUGGGUCAUUCCUGAUCUGUUUACCAUUUUAAUAGGGCAUUUUGGGACCAGUUCUUGCUAACCAUGUUUGUGACAUGGUAGAUGUGUUUUAAUAGUCUUUUUAAAUAUAUGAAAGCUAUAGUUAUUUAAAUGGAACAAAUGUAUUGUGAUUUAUCAUAGAUGUAAAAAAAUGGUUUGGUAUUCAUAAUGUCUGUUUGUCCUUGUAAGGGGGGGGGGGCUGAUAUUCCUCACCCACCCCACAUUUUUUGAAAGUGCAAGAAUGAUUCCUGAUAAGCUGAAUGAUUCAACUGAAUAUGUGAGGCUGUGCAUGGUUUGAUGUGCGCGUGUGCAAUGCCUGCAUGUUUACAUGGUACUGUGACUUAAAUACGGCACAAUUUGUUUAAAAAUGUGCUUGAAAAGCUGCAGCAAUGCAGCACUGGUUGAGCAUUUUUUUGUUAGCUUUUUAUAAUUCUUGUUUAACAGUAUUAGCAUAGCCAUCUUAGCAUUGUUUGGUUCAACGCACCUUUAUCGACUGCAUACAGUAGGUGGCUGAAGUAAACGACAUAUGACAAGUGUUUCAAAUGUUUACCUUUUAUUUCAACAGAGAUGCCUUAAUGGAGAGCGCCACCUGGCAGUUGCAAAUUGAAAUGACUUCAUGUUCAUGGCGACUUGUAAAACGCGGGUACUUCCAUAGUAUUGUAGACAAAUUAAAGCUAUUGCAAAAUUACAGAUGUUUGACACCAUCUAUAUGAGCAGAGUGUGAACCAGAUGACAGUGUAUUUUAAUAUAAAUUAGUAGACUUUGUUCAGUUAACUGUAAAAUUGUAUUGCCAUUCUCAAAGACUAAAUUGUAUUACCUUGCAGUGGCCAUUUGAACAGGUUCUUUACCUUACCACAUACCUGUUUUACAUACAGAGAUGGAUUAUAUGGCUACCAGGCUAUUGUAUUCCUCUCACUGUAACGGAUAAGUUUUUGUGUUUCAGUUGAACUGGGUCGCCACAGUAUGAUGAUUUGUUACAGGGCUGUAAAGGGAGCUGACUGUACAUGUUGUGCAGAAUAAAGUGCCUUUAUUAAACUGCUUUCCCCCCC